AUGCAACAGCUCUUCACACCUUAUUUUGAUGGAGAAAUAAACCAGAUCCUGGAGGUCUGUUCUAAAGUAUUCAGAAUGGAAGCAAAGAAAGCAAAUAUAUUUUCUCCAAAUUCUCCCGGACAAAAUGUGAACCCUGAUCUCGACAUUGAACGAAAAAAUAUCUCUUUCUCCAUUGAGCACCUUACUAAUAUACUGGAUGGUGGAUCAAACAAAACCAAGCUUCGGAGGGAAGUUGAGGCUGUGCUCGAGGCUGAUCCAGAGUUUAGCCAUGAAAACCGGUAUUUCCAGAGCCAAAAUGAAAGAUAUGAAACUGCUAUCAGAAAAUCUGUUUACCUCUCCCAAAAGAUGGCUAAAAUGGGAUGGACUGCAAAUAGCCCAGAACAGUACUGCUGCUUUAAGUUUCUUUCUGAAGAUUUGGCAUUUAACCUACACAUAGUCUUUAUAAAGAGCAUUUUGGCUUUAGGCACUGAUGAACAGAUCAACAAAUGGAUUCCUUUAGCAAAUAAGAAUUUCAUCAUAGGGACCUACGCCCAGACUGAAUUGGGACAUGGAUCUAAUCUUCGGGGCUUGGAGUCCACAGCCACAUUUGAUGUGGCCACUCAGGAAUUUAUCCUAAACACGCCAAGCGUCUCUUCCAUGAAAUGGUGGCCAGGAGACUUGGGCCGAACUGCAACUCAUGCUGUGUUUUUUGCUCAGCUUUAUCUGAAAGGACAUUGUUAUGGCAUGCAUCCAUUCAUCGUACAAAUCCGCAGUCUCAGAGAUCAUUCUCCAGGUCAAGGAAUAACUUUAGGGGAUAUAGGUCCCAAAAUGGGCUUUGAGAAUGUUGACAAUGGCUUUCUCAUCCUGAAGAAUGUUCGUGUUCCAAGAGAAAACAUGCUGGCCAAAUUCUCUCAGGUUCUACCAGAUGGUCAGUAUAAGAAACAAGGAUCUGACAAGAUCAACUAUUUGACUAUGAUUGUGGUUCGGGUGAACAUGCUUCAGGGUUCAAUUAUCCCCUGUCUGAUGAAGGCUUGUACCAUUGCUAUCCGAUACUCCGUGGUGCGUCGGCAAUCUGAGCUAAAGCCAGGUGAUCCAGAGGCUAAAGUUUUGGACUAUCAGACUCAGCAGCAGAAGCUUUUUCCCCAGCUGGCUACUGCAUAUGCCUUUCACUUUGUCUGCAACUAUCUGCAGGACAUUUUCAACAGAUGCUACAUACAGACCAAUGAAAGAAACUUUGACUUGCUUCCAGAGCUUCACGCCCUGGCAGCAGGCAUAAAAGUGAUCACUACCAACUAUUGCUCAGAAGGAGUGGAGGUGUGUCGAAAGGCUUGUGGGGGACAUGGCUACUCUCUUCUCAGUGGCUUGCCUUCCCUUUAUAUGAAAGUGAUCCCGUCUUGUACUUACGAGGGAGAAAAUACUGUUCUUCUGCUGCAAACAGCCAGAUUUCUUAUAAAAUGCUAUGGAAUGGCACAAAAUGGCCAGCCACUUCCUUCAUCAGUUGCCUACUUUUCUUCGGUGAAUUUUGGAAAAUGUCAAGCCCGGGAAAAAAGGGAUUUCCUAAAUCCUGAUAUUUACACAGAUGCCUAUAAGUAUCGAGCCUUCAGGGAUGUAAGAAAUGUGGCAAUCAAGCUUCAGCAGUUGGUUCAGGAAGGAAAAGGACAACAUGAAGCCUGGAACCAGUGCACUGUGCAACUAGCCAAAGCUGCGAUGGCUCAUAGCCAUUACAUCGUGGUACAAAAAUUUACUGAAGAGUUGGGGAAACAUGCAAAAGGAUCUGCUAUCCAGAGGGUCCUCAAAAAUCUCUGUGACCUCUUUGCACUACAUGGGAUUUUCUCUAAUGCAGGAGAUUUUAUGCAGGAUGCGUAUUUUUCUACAGAGCAAAUUGACCGGGUGACUGAAACCUACCUGGACCUCUUGGCAGUCAUUCGGAGAGAUGCUGUACCAUUGGUGGAUGCCUUUGACUUUUCUGAUGCAUGUUUAAAUUCAGCCCUGGGAAGCUAUGAUGGCCAUGCCUAUCAAAGGCUUUAUGAGUGGGCCAAGAAAUCACCGACCAAUCAGCAGGAUGAUCGGGUCUUCAAGACAUACUUAAAACCACUUUUCCAGAAUGCUCUUUCCAAGCUAUGAAGAGGCGUCUGGCAUGGAGAAACUCUUUCCGAAAAUGCCUU